CCCAGGUUCUCUACCCAUCACCCAUAAAGCGCGUUGGGUUCACCACACAUACAAAUACUCUCCCUCUCACGCAUCUUGAUUCUACCACUACCACGCUCGUAUCACAAUUUGGUGCACCAUUAUCCAUCAACAAGAUGUCGGUUGUAUCUCUCUUGGGUGUCAACAUCCUGAACAAUCCUGCCAAGUUCGGCGAUUCGUACCAGUUUGAAAUAACCUUUGAAUGUCUCGAAACCCUGAAGUCCGAUCUUGAAUGGAAGUUGACUUAUGUUGGAUCUGCAACUUCCUCUGAACAUGACCAAGAUCUCGAUACUCUCCUUGUUGGCCCAAUCCCUGUGGGGGUCAAUAAGUUCAUUUUCGACGCAGACCCACCGGACACCUCCAAGAUUCCCGAUGCAGAAAUCCUGGGGGUUACGGUGAUCCUCCUUACGUGUUCCUACGACGGUCGAGAAUUCGUACGAGUAGGAUACUACGUCAACAACGAGUAUGAUUCAGAUGAGCUCAAUGCGGAUCCACCGCCAAAGCCCAUUUUUGAAAGAGUCCGUCGAAACAUUCUCGCUGAGAAGCCUAGAGUUACGCGUUUUGCGAUAAAAUGGGAUUCUGAUGAAUCUGCCCCUGCCGAAUUCCCUCCUGACCAACCUGAAGCCGACUUGAUUGCCGAUGAAGAAGAAUAUGGUGCAGAUGAAGCCGAGGAAGAGGAUGAGGAGCUUGCCGAGGGUGCUGAGGGUCCUGGUGCCACUGAUCCCGAUGCCAUGGCCGAAGACUCUGAGAUGGCCGGAGCAGAGGUUGAUCCCGCCACUGCUGCCGGCGAGGAGUCUGACGAAGGCAGUGAAGAUCUCGAAGCCGAGAGCAGUGGCAGCGAAGACGAGGAACUCGAGGAAGAAGCGGCUGAGGGUGAUGCUGAUGAAGCAAUGGAAAUGGACGGUGUCGAGAAACCCCAUGGUACAAAUGGCGCAGCUGGGCAGCACAUGGACGCAGUCAUGGCUCAUUGAUUUGCAUAUACCCAAUGGCAUGCACACUUUGUUUAUAAAUUCUUUGUAGAGGAAGGAGUUGCCAUAGUUCUUUAUGACGCGAGCUGCUAGAUGCGAUACGAGGGUAGUCUACGAAU